UCUUUUCUUUCGUUUUCCUCUCAUUUAAUAUAAAUGGGACCUACAUUAAAGAGAACGAAUUCAUCCUCAUUUAAAAAAGGUCCUCAUCGCUUACAUCGCACAGAAUCCACGUCUUCAAACAGAAGAAACGAAGACAGUGAUAAUGCCUUAAACCAAGUCGAAGAGGAGGAAGAGGAGGAAGAAGAAGACACCAGCGAUAACAAGGACAAUGACAGUGUAUCAGUGAAUAGUAUAGAGAGAGAGAUGACUUUAAAGGAUCGCCAAGAAGCUAUGAACAAAAGCCAUCCUUUUGGUUUGCCUAUUUGGAAACCAGCACUUUAUAAGAAGUCUCGAUCUGUUGUGCGUAAAGCAAACAGGGCCCUUCAUUCAUCCCCAUCCUCAGCACCAGAACUAUUUUUAAACCCGGGAAAUAUUUUGUGGUUACUCAUAUUUGGCUGGUGGUUAUCGCUGGUGAUACUCAUCAUGUCUCUUAUCAUUACGAUUAUACCAUUUGGUGGAAUUCAUUAUGGAAGAGUCCUGAAGGAAUUGGCUUUCUAUCUAUUAUGGCCCUUUGGAAGAUAUGUAGAGCGUCAUGUAGAAAUCACUCCAACUCAAAUUGGAGGCGCAAUUAAUCAAGAUGAUGAGGAAAGCGGCCUAUUACAAAAGAAGAGAAAAAAUACGCUGUCUAUUCCUAAUUUCGUUAAACUGGGUCCAGCAGGCAUAAUCUACUACAUCAUUUUGUUUGUCAUUAUUGCCCCUCUAUUACUUUUAGUUUCUGCCAUUUGCUGGAUGUGUGUUAUCACAAUUCCUAUGGCCAAGCUGAAUUAUAUUUUAGUGCGUCACCUUUAUCGCCAUCCUUUAGCGUUAAGAUUCAAAUCAAGCCCCUCUGGAUUGUCUCAAAUUGCUGCGAACGUAUCAGGUAAACCAGCUGUCAUCUUGUUGUGUACAUACCAAGCUAUUGGGCUGCAAUAUUAUAAAUACACAUUUGACGGUAUAAAUAUUAUCUUCAUUAAUUUAAUGCCGCUUGUGUUCUUUGUCAUAUUUGAUGAAUGGGUGCUAAAGCGUCAUUUACCGGAAUCAUUUAUCACAGCACCGGCGGUUGUGUUUGGCCUAUCAUUGGCAUCUGUCAUUCCUCUGUCUUAUUUCAUUGGUAUGGGUGUUAGUUCCGUUUCCGCUCAAAGCAGUAUGGGUGUAGGUGCCGUCAUAAAUGCCACAUUUGGUAGUAUUAUCGAAAUUAUAUUGUAUGCCGUAGCCAUUAUAAGCGGAAAGAGUGCACUUGUUGAAGGUGCUUUGAUCGGAAGUUUUUUGGCAGGUGUGUUACUGAUGCCAGGCUGCUCCAUGGUCAGCGGGGCUGUCAAACAGAAGGAACAGAGGUUUAAUGCAAAGAGUGCUGGUGUCACCUCAACGAUGCUCAUUAUGGCCAUUAUUGGCGCUUUGACUCCAACAUUGUUUUAUCAAAUGUUUGGUUCCUUCGAGUUACGCUGUAUCGGUUGUCCAGAUACAGCUGAUAACGGAACAAUCGCAUGCUCCAGAUGUUAUUAUGACCAGCUAAACCCAACUGAAGACCCUGUUUACCAAAACAGUGUUAAGCCACUUAUGUGGCUCUGUGCUGCUAUUUUACCAUCUGCUUACAUCAUUGGUUUAGUUUUCAGUUUACAUACUCAUGUCGAUAUGGUGUGGAAAAGUAACCACUCUGACCAUAAGAACUCGAGUCCAACUUAUUACCAGCGAUUAAUGCCUACUCAUAUCAUCUCUCAACUCAUCCACCAUACACCGGACAAUCAACAGCAAGCAAAAGACGGCCACAAUGCACAAGGAUAUUCAAGCGGUGUACAAUAUAGCACUCCACAUAUGGUAGCUGUUUCGGAAGGAGCCAAUCCGUUGUCAUCACAGAUCGCUGGAAUUCACGGAACACCACAAGAAGGCGCACAUAUUUCGUAUGCUUCAAUUGCCGGCGGAAGUUCAUCUAUCCCUAUACUAAACACCACAAGCUCAGACCCAACACAGCAUUUACCUGGAAUGACCACAGCAUACCUUCAAACCAAAGAUGUCGAGGAAGAUGAAGAUGAAGAAGCUUCCGGUCAUGAUUCACCGAAUUGGAGCAAGAGCAAGAGUUUUAUCAUUCUGUUUGGCUGUACUAUACUUUAUUCGAUUAUUGCCGAAAUUUUAGUUGAUACAGUGGAUGAAGUCAUGAAGGACUUCCCAAUGGACGAGAAAUUUCUUGGGUUGACCUUAUUCGCCUUAGUACCUAACAUUACUGAAUUUAUGAAUGCUAUUUCUUUUGCCUUGUAUGGAAAUAUUGUUCUUAGUAUGGAAAUUGGUUCAGCCUACGCUCUUCAGGUAUGUCUUUUGCAAAUACCCGCUAUGGUCGCAUUCUCUAUUUGGUUUAAUUAUGGAAAAGAAGAACUUGCAAAAUAUACGUUUAGGUAUGAAUAUCGUCAUCAAAGUUUGGUGCAGAAGAACUAAUAUUUUUUUCUUUUUUUCUGCAGUCUUGUGUUUCCUCGCUGGGAUGUCAUUUCUGUAAUUUUUUCUGUUUUCUUGCUAACAUACACAUAUCAGGAAGGAAAAGCCAAUUAUUUCAAGGGCAGUAUUUUAAUUCUAAGCUAUGUGGUACUCAUCGCUGGCUUUUACUUUAUCCCUCCAUUCUCUGAGCACAGUGUGUUAAUUGGACUUCCUCCCUCAUAAUUUCGCGUGACACUUUGUCGAUUCUUAUGUAAAUAUUUUAUCCAGUGAAUAAAAAAACUAUUGUAUAGCCUUAUUUUUCUAGCUGUACAUUUAAUAAUAGUAAGAAA